CCGCCCCCCGCCCCUCGGUGCCCGCCUCCCGGUGCCGGGGCUCUCACCCCCUGCAGCGGCGAGGGGCCGGCAGCCGGUGGAGGUUUUGCCCCCGGCCCAGCGCAUCCCGCAGCAGCGCAUCCCGCAGCAACGCAUCCCGCAGCAGCGCACCUGUGGCCCAGCGCCCCUCCGGACCAGGGUACCCCCGGCCCCCAAGACCCCCCGGCCCGGCGCACCCUAACCCAGCAAAUCCCCCAGCGCAGCAGAUCCCGGCCCAGCAGAUCCCCCAGCCCAAAAGACCCCCGGCUCAACGCACCCUAGCCCAGCUGACCCCAGCCCGGCAGAUCCCCCGGCCCAACAGACCCUAGCCCAGAUGUCCCCAGCCCAGCAGAUCCCCCGGCCCAACAGAUCCCCCAGGCCGGCAGACCCUAGCCCAGCAGAUCCCCCAGCGCAGCAGACCCGGGCCCAGCGCACCCUAGCCCAGAAACCCCCCCAGCCCAAAAGACCUCCGGCCCAACGCACCCUAGCCCAGCAGAUCCCCCGGCCCAACAGACCCUAGCCCAGAUGACCCCAGCCCAGCAGAUCCCCCGGCCCAACAGACCCUAGCCCAGCAGAUCCCCCGGCCCAACAGACCCUAGCCCAGCAGAUCCCCCAGCGCAGCAGACCCGGGCCCAGCGCAUCCUAGCCCAGGAAACCCCUCAGCCCAAAAGACCCCCGGCCCAACGCACCCUAGCCCAGCUGACCCCAGGCCAGCAGAUCCACCAGGCCGGCAGACCCCCCCGGCCCAACGCUCCCUAGCCCAGCAGACCCCCGGUCCAGCGGACCCUAGCCCAGCAGCUCCCCCGGCCCAACGCUCCCUAGCCUAGCAGACCCCAGCCCAGCAGAUCCUCGGCCCCUGGCGGUGGUCGUGGUGGUCGUGGCGGGGGGCGAUGGCCCUGGUGGCGGCGGCGGCGGCGGCCGCAGCGGGGGUGAGCCAGGCGGCCGUGCUGGGCUUCCUGCGGGAGCACGGGGGUAGGGUGCCCAACGCCGACCUGCUCAGGCGCUUCCGACCGCUGCUGGACGCCCCCGCCGCCGACCCCGCCGCCCAGCGCCGACGCUUCCAGCAGGUCGUCAACGACGUGGCCGUGGUCCGGGAGCUGGACGGGGUCAAGGUCGUCGUGCUCCGCGGGAGGCCGAGCCCCACCGCCGGGCCUCGAUCCCGGGGCCCGGGGACCACCGAGGCCCACCAGGUCCGGACGGCCGGGGAGCCCACCGACGCCCGGGGCCUCGGGGAGGCCGAGGGACCUCCGGAGACCAAGGAGCCCCUAGAGGCCGAGGGACCGGCGGAGGCACAACGGACUGACGGGCCCGAGGAGGCCGAAGAGGCUGAGGGAGCCGUGGAGAGUGAGGGGACCGGAGAGGCGGACGAGGUUGAGAGCCUCUGGGAAGCCGAAGAGGCUGAGAGGCCCGGGGAAGCCGAAGAGGCUGAGAGGCUCGGGGAGGCUGAGAGGCUCGGGGAAGCCAAAGAGGCUGAGAGGUUCGGGGAGGCUGAGAGGCUCGGGGAAGCCGAAGAGGCUGAGAGGCUCGGGGAAGCCGAAGAGGCUGAGUGGCCCGGGGAGGCCGAAGAGGCUGAGUGGCCCGGGGAGGCCGAAGAGGCUGAGAGGCCCAAGGAGACCGAAGAGGCUGAGUGGCCCAGGGAGACCGAAGAGGCUGAGAGGCCCAAGGAGGCCGUAGAAGCUGAGUGGCCCAGGGAGGCCGAAGAGGCUGAGAGGCCCAGGGAGGCCGAAGAGGUCGAGAGGCCCAGAGAGGCUGAAGAGGCAGAGAGGCCCAGGGGGAGUGAAGAGGCUGAAAGGCCCGGAGGGGCUGAAGGGGUUGGGAGGCCUGAGGAGGCUGAGGAACCUGGGAGGUCUGGGGAGAGUGAAGAGGUUGGGAGGCCCGGAGAGGCUGAAGGAGUUGGGCGGCCCGGGGAGGCUGAAGAGUUUGGGAGGUCCGGGGAGCGUGAAGAGGUUGGGAGGCCCAAGGAGGCUGAGAGGCCCUGGGAGGCUGAAGAGGUUGGGAGACCCGGGGAGGCUGAAGAGGCCGAGGGUCCCGAGGAGGCGGGAAAGGCCUUAGGACCGCGACAAGAGGGCGAGGGGAGGCCCCGCCAGGCCUCGGCCCCGAAGGCGUGCCCGCCGCCCACCGUGCGGGUGCGGGCGUGGGACGAGGCGGGGGCCCUGAGGCGGCAGCGCUCCGAGGAGCCGGGCCCCGCCGACGCCCCGCUGCUCAGGCGGCGCCUGUCGGCCGACGAGCAGGGCCCCAGGCGGCCCCUGAGGGCGGCGGCGGCGCGCCUGCUCCUCGGCCCCGACGGGGGGGCGCCGCCGACGACGGCCGCGCGCCUGCUCCUCGGCCCCGACGGGGGGGCGCUGCCGCCGCCCGUGGCGCCGCCGCCGCCGCCGUCCGCGGUGCCCCUGGAGCCGUCGGAGCACGAGUGGCUGGUGCGCAGCGCGGCGGGCCGCUGGACCCACCAGCUCCACGGGCUGCUGCUGCGCGACGGCGGGCUGGCGGCCAAGCGCGACUUCACGUCGGGCUUCACCGCCCUGCACUGGGCCGCCAAGAGCGGCGACCGCGAGAUGGCGCUGCGCCUGGUGGAGGUGUCGCGGCGCGGCGGCGGCGGCGGCGGCGGCGCGCCCAUCGACGUCAACGCGCGCUCCCACGGGGGCUACACCCCGCUGCACCUGGCCGCGCUGCACGGCCACGAGGACGCCGCCGUGCUGCUGGUGGCCAGCCUGGGCGCCCACGUGCACGUGCGCGACCACAGCGGCCGCCGCGCCUACCAGUACCUGCGCCCCGGGGCGUCGGAGGGCGUGCGCCGCCUGCUGGGCGACCCGCGCCUGCGCGGCCCGCCCGGCCCCCACGGCGCCCCCAAGCGGCCGGUCCAGGUGGCCGCCUCCAUCCUGGGUACCACCACCGGCGCCUUCCUGGGCGUCCUGGCCGACGACCCGGCCUUCCGGGACCUGGCCCGCGGCCUGCGCAAGUCCGCCUCCUUCAGCAAGGCCAGGGGCACCUCCCCCGUGCCCACCCGAAAGAAGCCCAAGCCCUGGGGGGGCUUCCCCAACUUUUCCGAGGGCGCCGGGAAGCGCAGGCCCGGCCACGACCUCUUCUUCCAGGCCCACUAAACCAAGGUGGAGGAGAAGAAGAAGAAGAUGAUGGAGAAGAAGAAGAUGAUGGAGAAGAAGGUGAUGAUGAAGAAGAAGAAGAUGAAGAAGAAGAAGGCCGGCGGUAGUCGUUAAAGCUGUGGGCCGGGCACCGGACUGAGCGCCGCGGUGGAUCCACGCCGGUCGGGUUGGACGGCCGUCCCCGUCAGGGGAACUGAGGCCCAGGGCGGUGGAGGCGACUUGCCCGGGGUCACCCAGCAGACACGUGGCGGAGCCGGGAUC